UCGAACUUUUUCCAACCAAACACUUUUGCCCACUCCCAUCCCCUCCAAAAAAAAAAAAAAUCCGACCAAACACUGUGCAAAGGAGAGGAAGUGGGCAUACGAUGAGUAGUUCAUCGCCGGCACAUUCAUCGAUGUCAGCGACGGCGGUUGUGGGUGGUGGAGGAGGUGGUGGCAGUAAUUCAACUCUUUCUGCUGACGAUUUCCAUUUUCCGUGUGAUCCAUUGUCAACAUAUGAGCGAAAGGACGAGGCCAUGUUAGUUCUAAAAAAAGAUCUCAUGGCUGCACUUGAGAAGGAGGUUAAAUCCUUAGAUGAUGAUAAUUGGAAGUUUGAGGGUCCUCGUUCUCGGAUCCACCUUGUUUCAAGUGGAGGAGGGGGUUUUCUUCGCAAGCCCUCAGAGAUUUCUAAGAACUGGAAUUGACUCCACCAGAAUAGUGAGAAUUGUUUGACCUCAAGGAUCCAAAUUAUUGUGAUGCGCGGACGAGGGCAGCUAUGUUUUCAUUUGUCAGCAUCCAUAGGACAUCCAAGGCUUGUUGUAUAUGUGACACUCCAUGAUUCCCUUACGUUCAUGAGAAUUGAAUACCAUAUGUGUAGUUACUUAUGGUUAAAAUAUGGUAAAGCAUUUAUGUUUUUGGUUUUACAGCGCAACCUAUAUGUUUCUCGAAGCUGACCCUCUACUAAAUAUGUGGUGGCAUAUUUCUUUAACUCCAACGAAUGGGUGUUUAUGUCUACUAAUGAAAUGAUCUUGAUCCUAUCAUAUUGAAAUCCGACCCCUUUAUUUUAA